UCUCUCUCUCUCUAACCCUUCUGGUGCCAUUCUCUCGCUCACUCUCUCUCUCUCUCUCAAAAAAAAACCUCUCCCCUCUUUCGAGUCCCUUUCUUCCUGUUCUCAAAUGCCAUAAUCUCUCUCUCUCUCUCUCUCUCUCUCCCACUUCUCAAAAAGCCAAAGGCCAUAUUCUCUCUCUUCCACACCAACAGCCAGUCCCCCCUCCCCUUUCUCUCUCUCUCACACAAAUUUUCCCUAAUCGCUCUCUCACUUGUACCCUAAUCUCUCUCUCCUCUCUGGGGUCUGGAAUCGAACCCGAGCCUGCUGCCCAGCUGUUCCAAGAGGGUGAAGGAGCUGAAGAUUUCUGAAGAAUGAACGGAGGUGCUCGUAUUAGGUUAAAGGGAUGGCAGCAGGCAGCUGUGGCAGUGGGUUCAGCUGUUGGAGCUCUGUUAAACCCUCGAAGAGCUGACUUGAUUGCUAGCUUGGGAGAGACUACGGGAAAACCAGCUUUCCAAAGAAUCCUUAAACGGAUGAAGGAGAGCCCCGAAGGCCGAGCAAUACUUUUAGAUCGCCCACGUGUGGUUUCAUCAGCUGUUAGCCAUGCUUGGGAAUUACCACCCCACACAUUCGGUGCUGCUUAUGCUCAAUUCAUGGGUUCAAGAAACUUCUCACCCGAUGAUCGACCCCCUGUACGAUUCAUGGAUACUGAAGAGCUUGCUUAUGUGGCCACUCGAGCUCGAGAGGUCCACGAUUUUUGGCACACCCUAUUUGAUCUCCCUACUAAUCUUAUUGGAGAAUCAGCUUUAAAGGUUAUAGAGUUUGAGCAAAUGCUUCUUCCUAUGUGCUUUCUCUCAGCUAUCGGUGGUCCCUCAACGAUGAGUAGCAAGCAAAGGGACCUCUUUCUUCGUCAUUACUUUCCUUGGGCGGUCGGUGCAGGGAUGCGGUGUACUGAUCUCAUGUGUGUAUACUAUGAGAAGCAUUUUGAUAAGGAUUUGGAAGAGGUGAGGGGGAAAUUAGGUAUAGUUCCAGCUCCCAAGCCUGCUUCCAGGUAGAUUUUGCUUUAUGUAAAGCUAGUUUUUGAGGGGUUUUCUUCAUCUACUGAAUAAUAUAUUUAGUUCAUUUUUUAUUUUUUGGAAUUUUCUUGCUUUCUCUGUUUCUUUUUUUAAUUUUUUGUAACUUACUCAGAUAGCUUGAUGUUCUCUUGAUGUGACUUUUUUUUUUUUCUU